AUGGCAAACCUACCUCUAAAGCAAUACAGUCGAUGGGCUGCAGCUCUCGUGACAGGAGUUGCUUCUACUUUGGUAAUUGUACGCACAGCUGAGAAAAACGAUGUUGAAGAAAGGAAGAAGUCCUCAUCAUUCAGACAAUUCGUCAGUUCCGAUCCCGCCAGUGGACUCAUCUCCAGAUUCGUGCCUUCAUUUCCCACCCCAAUGGUUUCAGGCUGUGAACCUACCUUUGGUGUCACGAAGAACCGAGCAGCCAUCCAGCGGAAGAGAACCGUUCGACAAAUGGAACAAUUCUCGACGAAAGCAGAACUCUCAUCAAAGUACACAUGGCACAAGAGCAAAGUGUUAGGGAAAGGAGCGUAUGGUAGCGUAUAUCUUGCAAAUUCCAAGGCCACGAACGAGGAUGUGGCACUUAAGGAAAUUCCAAAAAAACACACAAAUUCAGUCAACUUUCAGCAGGAGAUGAGGGCCAUGUUGUAUAUUCGAAGCAAAGGAGGACAUCCACAUCUCUGCUCCUUGCGAGAACACUUUGAUUCCAAAGACUCCUAUUACGUCCUACUAGAUUACAUCGGAGGGGGCGAACUCUUUGAUCACUUGAUCGAUAAUGGUGCUUAUUCGGAAAUGGACGCCGCUCGCAUAGUGAGAGAAGUUGCCAGUGCUCUCAAUUUCUUGCAUGGUAUUGGAGUGGUCCAUGCUGAUCUCAAGCCGGAAAAUAUCUUGCUGACAACCACUCGGCGAGACGACGCCUUGGUCAAGUUGGCAGACUUUGGAUGCUCACAAAUAACGAACCCCACAAACGACUUCGAUGAUGUAGAGGUGAAACCUGUCUAUGGUGCCCCAACACCAGCCUACUGUCCACCGGAAUCAAUUCUUAAGACUGUUCCUAUUCAAGCAUCUGCGGACAUGUGGGGAUUGGGGGUGAUUCUAUUCAUCAUGCUCACUGGUGCGCAUCCGUACGAUAUAGAAGGAAGUGCAUCGGAUGAAGAAAUCGAGACGCGAAUCAAGGAUUCCGCCUACAAAAUUCCCAUCAAUGAUCCCGAAAUUACGGGACACGUCUCCGAUAGUGCAAAAGAUUUGAUUUCCAAACUGAUGCAUCGGAACCCAAGGAGACGGCUGACGGCAUUUCAAAUGCUGCAGCAUCCGUGGGUCAGAGGUGAAACAGCCACCACAGCAAUCAUUGCUGGUUCGGACAAGAAGCUAUCCAGAUUCCGCCACAUCAAAACGAAACUUCAGGCAAGGUUCUUUUCUGAUGCCAUCAAGUUUUCAGACUCUCAUGAUCACGCUGUGCUUCGAAAGACAAGCCUGGUAGAAAGAUCUUUCAAGGCGCUGAAUAUCAAUGAAUUCGAUCCUAAUUUGGACUCUGAGGAAGGUGGUCCGCAAAUAAAUCUCUCCGACUUUCAGAAUCUCUUGUCCGACAACAUGAAGAACAAGUAUUUUCCAGCGGGCCAUGUAGUGUACCGCGAAGGAAGCAAAGGGCACCACAUGUAUUUCAUCGAUUCGGGAACUAUUGAAGUAGAAACAGCGGACGGAUCCUGGGCUACGCGAAGUCAAGGUGACUUUUUCGGAGAAGGUGCCUUACUCCAUCCAACAGGAAGAAGAUCAGCAACCGUCCGGUGCACGACACCUGUCCAUGCUAUGGAGAUUAAUAGAGAGUACUUUGAAAAGUACAUCGAGUCAGCUGACACUGGGCUCUAUUUGACUCUGAAGGAAAAGGAUAAGAUUCGCAAGCGAAAUCGGGCCAAGACCAUCUUACGGUUUCAACAGGAUAUGGAGCCAACAGAGCGAGACAAAGGCCAAUGCUUCUUUGAAGAAGAUGAUACAGGAGAUACAGACUCAAUGUACAUAUUGGAAACCGGCAGGGUCGAUCUGACUGUCCAUGGAAUCCAGGUCAUGUCCGUCACUCCUGGCAAUGUUUUCGGGGAACAUUCCGUACUCACAGGUCAAUCAAGGAAUUGCAAUGCAGUCUGUGUAGACAAAGAUGGCUGUAUUGCCCAAGCCCUUCCGGGAAAGAGUUUCCGAAAACUGUAUUCGGAGUCCGAGAAUGUAAGGAAUUCGAUCCGAGAUUUGCAACUCCGACGAGAACUCAAGAAAGCCAUUGUCGGGCGACUCAAGAAGGAAUUCCCGUAUGACAAACCAGAAGAAGCCUUCCAAAUAGUGGACUCUGACAAAAAAGGAGUUCUAGACAAGGAUUCGAUCGGGAAGCUAAUGAAAGAAUGGAAUCCACAAAUCACCGACGCUGAAAUUCUGGAAGUGCUUGGAGUAUUGGACCUUACGAAAAGUGGCCAUGUGACAUUCGAUGAAUUCAAGAAGGUAUUCAUCGGAAGCAUUCGUACAUCCGCAUCUAUGUAA